AUGGACAGACAGUCAUCGAUGGACACAGUGUUGAUGGAAGGGUUGACCACAAGAAUGAAGAGUCGAGUGAUUGUGAAGAUUAUGGAAGCGAUGGACACGAAACUAUUCAAGUGUGGACUCAAUGGCUGUCAGUUUACGACUAAAUUCAAGCGAAGUUUGAUUAGACAUACGACUCGUUGCAAAGGGAUUGACUCCAACAGAGGUGGACAGGGAUCUGAUUCGCAUAGUAGUAGAUCGGGACCAGUCAUGUGUGGACUCAAUGGCUGUCAACAGAAGGUUUUUCACAAGAAAGAGUUAUCCCGACAUCGGCUACGACUACAUCCCGACGCCUUUCCCGACAUACCAUGGCUCGAGUGCUCGUACACUGACUGUCACUAUAAGACUAAAAGUAAGGACUCAAUGAAGACCCACGAGUUGUCGCACUCGAAGCCAUUUGUAUGCGACGAAUGCGGGCACACCUUCUCAACGGCCCAAUCCCUGGGUAUACACCUCCCCAACCACGACCCCUCCCUUAGACACCGGUGCCAGUGGCCGGCGUGUGACCUAUCAUUCACCAGUAAAUACACUUUGGAUCUACACAUGAAUUCACAUACGCGAGAGACUAUAUACCGGUGCCAUUGGCCGGGAUGUGAGAAGGAGUUCAUACGAAGCGAUUACCUCAAGGAUCACGAGAAGAGACACAAUGGACGCAUCGGUAGGUUUGUGUGCCAUUGGCCUGAAUGCGAGUACCGGUGCGAGAAAGGGCCCUCUCUUAAGAGACAUAUGUUUAGGACUCAUAAAGUGGUGACUGAGGUCUCAAUGAGCUCUCAAAGUGUGUCCAAACGUGUGGCAAAUGAAUGCAAUCUUAUCGACAGACGUGCGAAGAGACCGAAGAAGUGA